AUGAUGGCGGCGUCAAAAGCUCCUAUGCCCUCGGCUUUAACUUUUGAGUUAUUGGCUCGUUGCUCUACAACAAAAGCAAGAGCCGCCAAUUUGACUUUACCUCAUGGGCCAGUCCAAUUACCCAUGUUCAUGCCAGUGGCCACACAAGCAUCAUUAAAAGGGUUGACUCCGCAACAACUUGAGGAUACAGGUUGUCGUUUAUGCUUGAACAACACCUAUCACCUAGGCUUGAAACCAGGGCAGGAAGUUUUAGACAAAGUUGGGGGAGCGCAUAAGUUACAAGGAUGGAACCACAAUAUAUUAACAGAUAGUGGAGGUUUUCAAAUGGUCAGUCUCCUAAAAUUGGCCAAUAUCACAGAGGAAGGUGUACGAUUUUUGAGUCCGCAUGAUGGAUCCCCUAUUUUACCACCCUCUCCCGAUGCCGAAAGAAUGAAAGUAGCAAUGGAAAGAAGUGUUAGAUGGCUCGAUCGAUGUAUUACCGCACACGCGAACCCGACUACGCAAAAUCUGUUCUGCAUUAUACAAGGAGGAUUGGAUUUAGAGUUGAGGAAAAAAUGCUGUGAAGAGAUGGUAGCAAGAGGGACACCAGGCAUCGCAAUAGGUGGGUUAAGUGGUGGUGAAGCCAAGUCAGAUUAUUGUCGUGUAGUAAAUACAUGUACGAGUCUCUUGCCAGAAAAUAAGCCCAGAUAUGUGAUGGGAAUUGGAUAUCCUGAAGAUUUGGUAGUCAGUGUGGCAUUAGGUGCAGACAUGUUCGAUUGUGUAUGGCCUACUCGCACAGCACGAUUUGGAAACGCAAUCACCAAACAUGGAGUCCUCAAUUUACGACACGCAUCUUACGCGAACGAUUUUGGACCAGUGGAAGAAGGAUGUGGAUGCAUAUGCUGCAGAACAGGAGAUGGCGGUCUGGGUAUCACAAGAGCAUAUGUUCACCAUUUAGCUGCUAAAGAGACUGUUGGUGCACAUUUACUCACCAUGCAUAAUGUUUGGUAUCAACUGGAGUUGAUGCGAAAUGCUAGGAAAGCUAUUAUUGAAGAUAGAUAUCCCGCUUUCAUCAAGAAGUUCUUUGCAGAUCUUCACGGUGGUGAGAAAUCUAAAUAUCCAGAUUGGGCAGUAGAAGCAUUAAGAACAGUUGGUGUUGAUCUAAUGGAGUAA